AUGACCAGCCCCUACCCCCUGAACAGCAAAGACAAGAAAGAUCUAGAGGUUUACUUAAAACAGUUUUGUUUCAAGUCCAUCCAGACAAUAAUAUGUUCUCGCAAUGGCACGACCAUCUCCACUGACUCCAGUUCCAGGUCCCCGAGCUGGUUUAACAUUGCAAUCGCUGAUAGUUCAAGUGUAGCCGAGGAUUGUAAACAGAAGGUUAAUGUCAGUGAUUUAUUACACGGGAAAACUAUUAACUUGACCGUUCAGCUUCAUUCUCCAGACAAUGAAAUCAUGACCCUGGAAAUUUGGACGUUUUCUUUGGAGCGGAAGUACGAGCAAGUGAAGGUGACAUUUACCGUGUACAAUGCACUGUGUCUACUGUUGCGUAGUGUGGUGGUAGCAUCACGUGCCACCCCCACCUACAAGCUUACUCGCAAGCAAACUACCGGGGGCUUCUUCUACGUUACAUACCAGAUCAGCACUGACGAGGCCAGGGUCGGCGAGUUGGGAGACAGUGUGAAAUCAGAACGUAUCGGAGUUGUGGCCACUCCCUCCGGAACUCUGACCACCAGCGUGUUCUACAGAACCACACUUGAGAUACCCUCCUCCCCACCCAACAGGUCUCCGGAGCGGCCCUCGCCUAGUUUGGAGCAGAUAACUGAUACCACCAGGUCAAUAGAGUCUGACUCUCUCCCCUUCUGUCCAUUCGCCGACACCACCCUGCCUCAGUUGUCAGAUUCUACCUCCAAUAACUUAAUCUCGGAGAAGGAGACACCAUUCGCCUCUCUGCUAGAAUCUGCGUUUCCGUUUUCUCAGACCACGUCUACUGAACCAUCUGCAGUGUUCGGAAACUCUCCGGGACAGUCAGAGGACGUUCCCAGCAGUCCUCUCACAAUAUCUACAACCACUCCUACCCCUUGUCUAUUUGGCUCUCCUCGAAUACAAGAACUCCAGAAAGUAGACGUCAUGACUUCCGACAGUUUUGUUCUUAUAGCUCCGUUUGCUUCUAAUUCCCCAGAGGACGUAGGGGCCUUUUUCAGGGACUGUGCUAGCGUGCCCAAGUUAAAACUCUUCUCUGAGUCUGAAUCUCAGAGUUCUGUGGUGAACCCUGCUGAAGUCGAGCAAGAUGUGAAAGAAAUUGAGGAUUUUUUGAACGAUCUGUCGAUUGAUGACCUGUCAUCCGGAUGAAUUUCCCAAAAUAUUCACAACCGAUUGUCCUACAUUUCCCUUGAGUACUACCCCAUCCUGGGUGCUCUUUUGGUUUUAUAUCAGAUGUUUAGAGUUUAACAAAUCGGAGUUUUAUUUUGAACGGUUUGUUUUUCAUUUUAUCUCGCAGGCUUAAGAUGCCUGUCGAGCAGUUAUCUUGUAAAGAGUUUUUGAAUGUUCUUUGACAUUCUGGUUAAACAUAUAAAAGUUGUACUCUAAUUGUACUCUAAAUGUACAAGGUUAUGUAUAUAAUAGGAACUUUUGAUGUGAUUAAUGUUGGUUUUUGUACGCAGAGUUGAGAGAAGCUCUAACGAAUGAAUUAUAAAUUUACCUUAUAAUAAUAAUGUGAUGAUUGUUACUUUAAAUAAUAUA